UUCUGGCCGAGGAUUGACGUUGCCACUGGAGCCCAAGAAUUCAUCUAUGACAAUUGCUCCCAGAGAAGAUAGUGGACUGCCUGGUGCGAAUCUAGCGUAGGAGCUCUUCGGCGGGCCCAGUUUGCGCUAGUUACUGGCCAAGUACCGGAUUCUCGCGCAGCGAAUCUCGGAGGAAUCGAGUGUGCACAUGAUACCAACGUUGCUCACAUGAGUGAGUCGCGACAGGUUUUCAGUCUUGCGAGGUUCAGAUGCUAGACCCAGUCCGGGUGCGUCGGGCGGCGGGGAUCAAGUGGCUAGACCGCUAUGAAGUUUGGAAUAUUUGAAAAGCUACCGAAGGUGAUGGUGAAACUGUAGAUACUUUUCGCGGGCCAUGGCCUCUACGCUGGUACUUUGUGCAUAGUAGUUGGAGCGGUCGGGUGUAUGCCAGGUUCGCUCGCGCUUCUUCCGAUUCCUCCUGGUUCACGGGAACUUUGUGCUGCUCGCAUCGUCCGAGUCCGGUUCGCCUUGCAAAUCGCGUGCUGAUUGCCGGAAGGUGAUUUGGUUCAGUGUCAAGAGUUCAAGAGUUAAUCAAAGCCGUGGAAUCGUCAUUCCCAGCGCAAGUGGCGGAAAGUGGAGAGAAAGUUGUUGUGGCGUGCACGGUCAGUGUCGAGAAAAGUCCAGGGAACGUAAUCCCAGCGGUGAAUGGUGCGAGCGGAAGCCCUCAGCGUGCGGCCAACCUUAGACGUGUUAUCCUAACAGCGAAGACCUCUUCACCGCCCAGCGAAGCAGUGUCGGGGCAGUGAACGGGUUAAAGGCUGAAGUGCGGCUUCUCCGACUUUGACUCCUCGCGAAGUAAAGCAACAACAAGUGUGGAUGAAUAAGUGAUGUCUGGGAGUGGUGUCUAUUCGGCGAUUUAUCCCAUGUCGCUGGGUUUUCGACAAGCUUAGUUCCGUCUUCCUCGAGCGGUCUUCAGUGCUGGCGUUUCGUAGAUGCGCGUUGUCGACGGGAAUCAAGUGCCACCAAGUUAACUUGUCCAGUCAUUGAAUCAGGGCACCAUUUGCUGGGCAGAGCAGAAAACCAGGCUGGAUCUGCCCUCUCCUGAGCAGCUGUACCCGCCCCCGUGAUUGCAACAAAAGCUGCUCUAAAAUUACACUGGAACACAUACAACUAUUUACGCGAAACUGGAACGGAAGGAAACUCGCUAUUAACGCAUCAAUAAUAAGCUAGAACCGUAGCAGAAAACUCAUAUAAACUUUUCCAACUUUUUCUAAUCACACAAAUAACGACCCGCAAGCUUCAAUUCAAACAAAAAUGGAAGGACCAGAAAUAACAUUUUUGUUUCAGUUUGGAAAUUUAAGAGAUGCUGCGUCGGUACCAGCUCCAGCUCUGAAUCUUAAAUCUCUCAAGGAUAUGGCGUGUGAAUUUAUCAAUACUAAGAUUCCCGAGAAUGGACUAAGUCAUCUUUCGGAACGUUUGUUGCUCUUCAGGCACGAUUACAACAGCACAAACGUUCUUCAGUUAAUCAACUCAGCGGCCGAGAUUGUGGAUGAGACGCUUGUAGAAAUAGUUUUAACCGCUAGCCCACUUACCUAUCCAAUUGUGGACAGCGUGCCAACGGUGCGACCGCAUUCGCUCAAUGUACACUCGUACAAAGCUCCAACGUUCUGUGAUUUCUGUGGUGAAAUGCUUUUUGGUUUAGUUCGCCAGGGACUGAAAUGUGAAGGUUGUGGACAAAACUAUCACAAACGAUGUGUUGUUAAAAUUCCUAAUAAUUGCAACAGAAUAGACAAUACUCGACGUUCAUCUACUCUGCAGCCCCCAAGAAGUCCUUCGGGCGGCUCAUCAAAUUCUUUAAUUUCCGAGGAACAAUCAAAUACGGGAUCAUCAUUGCAAGUGCCACUAUUAAAUCGCCAAAACCGUUCGCCGUCGUUUGGAAGCAGAAGUGGUGGCUCAAGUCCUGGUAUUGGUGUUACAGCAGGCGGAGGAGUAUUCACCGGAGUCACAGGUGGUGCUGCAGGCUUUAUGAUGCCUGGUCGAAUAAGAAUACCACACACUUUUAUGGUUCACACCUACCGCUUCCCUACCGUCUGCCAAUAUUGCAAAAAGCUUUUAAAAGGACUUUUCAAACAAGGUGUUCAGUGUCGCGAUUGUCAUUACAACGCACAUAAAAAGUGUAUUGAAAAGGUUCCACAAGAUUGUACUGGAGAGAAUCAGAGUAUAGAUUUAAGCGACGGAGCUGUGAGUAAUGAACGGGACUCUUUCUUCAAGGAUGAGUUUGACGACAGUGACUUUGAUGACACUUCGUUCUUAAACUACAGUAAUCGACGGAAUAUGGAAAUGCCCAAAAUAAACGGGAACAUAGAUGGAAUACAAUCAGAACCGCUAUCGACAAAAAUCGGGAGUGGUUCCCCACUCUCCCCUAGUGCAAAUAUCCCUCUCAUGCGUAUUGUUCAAUCUGUAAAACAUACAAAAAAACGAGGUGGACAGGCCUUGAAGGAAGGGUGGCUGGUCCAUUACACGAACCUCGACAAGACGGUUAAACGCUACUUUUGGCGACUCGACUCGAAAGCCAUUACACUGUUUAUGGCUGACCAAGGAAGCAAGUACCAUAAAGAAAUUCCUUUAAGUGAAAUAUUGACUAUAGAUACAAAUAAGGAUGUGUCGAAGGAAAAAAAUCAUUGCUUUGAGAUUCGAACUGCGAAUGUUGACUAUUUCGUCGGGCAAGAUCCAAUGGUAGGUUGCACCGAGGAACCUGUAAGAAUCCCACCUCCUGACAGUGGAAUCGGAACCGAUAUCGCAAAAAGCUGGGAGACAUCUAUUCGACAGGCAUAUAUGCAUGUGACAAAUACACAAUCAUGCUGCGAUUCCGAGGAAAAUGUUCAGGACAUGGGGCAACUUUAUCAAAUAUUUCCAGACGAAGUUCUCGGAUCAGGACAAUUUGGUGUUGUUUAUGGUGGCAUCCAUAAAAAAUCACAACGAGAGGUGGCCAUAAAAGUUAUCGACAAAUUGCGAUUUCCAACCAAACAAGAGGCUCAACUUAAGAACGAAGUGGCCAUAUUACAAAACAUUUCUCAUUGCGGCGUAGUGAAUCUAGAACGGAUGUUUGAAACACCAGAAAGGAUUUUCGUCGUGAUGGAGAAAUUGAAAGGAGAUAUGUUGGAGAUGAUUUUGUCAAGUGAACGAGGGCGGUUGAGUGAACGAGUCACGAAAUUCCUAAUCACGCAAAUAUUGAUCGCUUUGAAGCAUUUACAUAGCAAAAAUAUUGUGCAUUGUGAUUUGAAGCCAGAGAACGUACUACUAUCAUCCGAUGCAGAAUUCCCGCAGGUAAAACUAUGCGACUUUGGUUAUGCGCGGAUUAUAGGAGAGAAAUCAUUCAGAAGAUCGGUGGUGGGGACACCAGCAUAUUUAGCUCCCGAAGUUCUACGGAAUAAAGGCUAUAACCGAUCUUUGGAUAUGUGGAGUGUGGGAGUCAUAAUCUAUGUUAGUUUGAGCGGAACGUUUCCUUUCAACGAAGAAGAAGAUAUCAACGAUCAAAUUCAAAAUGCUGGAUUCAUGUACCCUCCUAACCCUUGGAAAGAAAUAUCUUCGAAUGCAAUUGAUUUAAUCAACAAUUUGCUUCAAGUAAAACAGCGGAAACGUUACACAGUGGACAAGAGUUUGCAACAUUAUUGGCUACAAGAUAAGCAAACUUACCAGGACCUAAGAGCGUUGGAGGCUUCAGUAGGGAUCCGUUAUCUAACUCAUGAAACGGACGAUGCCAGAUGGGCCGCUUGUGGGGAUCACCACUCCUGACCACCUUGCCGAUCAGCUAAUAGCAGUAGAAUAAGUUGUGAAGAAAGUGACCCCGAUGAAAGCAAGUCAAACAAUAUUUGCAAUAGUCUACCUAGCACUCCAAAAUACGAGGCAAUCAGCGGAAAGGCUUUCAAAUGGGUGCGUGGGCGAUUGUGCCGCAAUCUAAAGGCCUAAAUAUUUUUAAGGUUGGAAUCUUAGAAUCUUUAACAAAUAUUUUAAAUCUAGAAUUAUACUUAAAUGUAACACAAAGGAAUUGCUUCAGAUGGCCAAAUCGAUAAAGUACCCUUAAAAACUCAUACCGUUGGAGGGUUGGUUUUUCUGACAAUGGACUCUAUCUUCACAGUCUCAAAGUUGGUAGUGUCCCAUCAUGUAGAAUCGCCUAGAUAAGUCAGGGAAUUGAGAUUGAUUUGCUACAACAAAAACGAGAGUUGAUGUAGUUGCACUUAAUACAACUUCUCUGUAUUUCACGUUUAGUUUGUGAAGAGUAAGCGCAAAUUUUUAAAUUCUCAGGAAACGGACACAUACACCACAUGUUCAUGUUGACUUAGUAAUUGUGAGGGCUUUUUGGUGCUUUGUGGCCUAAAUUGACUAAAAUAAUCAAUGAACUUUACGUGUACAAAGUUGUCCUUGAUGAAAAAUUGAAACAAACCUAUUGAAAUUUUGAAUGAAAAAUUGACUAAUAUGCGAAAGUGGAAACAAACCUCUAAUGUGAACGACAUUUAUUAGCUUUUUUGUAGCGUACGGGUAGGCUACAGAACCAUCAUAGUUGUGCUUCUAGAAACUUUCUAAUUGUCUUGCGAUAUUUUAUCUGUUUUUACUCUUUGUUCAACAUUCCGAAUAUCUUAAGCGUAGAUUUCUAAAGAGGUGCGGAGUGAUUUCUCGCGUAUUGUGAAUUUUAGAUAUUGCAAAUACCUAGAUACUUACAUAUUAUUCAUCAAUUGCCUUCUAUUUAAUACGUUAAAAAUAGCUACUAAGUAGGCUAGUGAAAAACUGCUGUCAACCUUUGAACAAUGAAUCUCAGCUUAUGUUCAAUUUGUUCGAAUUUUAUGGUUUCAAUAGUUGCCCCCUGACAUAUGAAGUGCUAUUGUGGGAAAACCUUUAUUUGAAAAAAUGCUCUAUUACGUUAGUGCUUAAAAGUUAUCCUAACGACCGGCUUCAUCCGAGGUAACACAUUAAGUGUUACCUCCUCGUGCGGAGGACUACCGACAUGCCAUGACGAUCAAACCCUUUUAUGAUUCUUGUUUGUAACUUAAAAAAAGCACAUUUCUAUACAUCAUAGUUUGAUGGAUUCGCAAGCAUUCAUAUCCAUUCACAUACAUAUGAGUAUAUAAAAAAUAAUUUAAUUCUUUAUGGCACCGGGGCAUAUCACAUGCGUAUGACGUGCGUCCUUUUUACGUGAAAGCAAUGCGAUGUUCUUAACAUGGUGGUUACCUGCUGCUAACUUUAAUCUUAUUUUUUUUACAAAUAUUUCAUGUGAUGAUGGAGGACUUGCUUCUUGUAUGAUUUUCCGAAAUUACCAUACCAUACCAUGAAAUAGUUAUAUCAAAGCGUUGUGAGUUCAGCUGUCAAAACGUGCUGGAUGUCAAAUUCGUUGCAAAAUAAUUUUUUUGAAUGUAGGUUUGUAGGAAAAAAACUUUUUAAAAACGCUUGGUUUUAUAUCUGGUUUUCUGUUUUUCUGGUUGUUGACUGUAAAUUUUCUGUGAUAAUUUGACCUUACUUGAGAGGGUGACUCCUCUAUUAAGCGCCACGAAUACUGUGUGACAUUAUUCAAUACUGAGUUUAAAGUGACGAAGGGCUAGCCAGACAAUCGGUGUAAAUUUUCUUAAAUGAAAUUAUGAUAAUGCCCCCAAGUUAUUUUUUUGUACCCUGAAAUAUCACAGAAUGUCAGCAUCAUACAUUACAUUAUAUUACGACGUAGAAGCUAUGUGCAAAAGAAAAAGCUCACCUAAGUUACAAAACCUUUCGGUUUUCUACCUGUUUAUGUUUUUCAUAUUAACUUCAGCAUUGUUUACGCUAGUUAAGGCUGAAAGUCAGUCUCCUAGGAAGUGAGUUCAAAAUGAAGUUUAAUUGCUCAUGCAUAUUUUUUAGCACCUUUCCACGGUAUUCGGUUCUGUGCAAGAGAAUGCAUCCGUUAUAAAGUUGAUCAUUUGAUCAUGUUUUGACAAAAAAGGCUCAUUUUAAAAAUCAUGCAACUUUGGACAAAGAAAAUAAUGAAAGCAAUGCAGUCAUUAUUUUGCAGGAAAGUAAUGAAAUAGGGAUACAAACCAAUAUAUUAUAUUAUAUUUUGACUUUCCAUGUGCGAGUGAGAAAUUAUCCGUCAUACCGGACGAGUUGGGGCAUCUUGACGUGCGAUGUUAUGAUUUAAAAAUAAUUAAAUCAAAUAUUUGAAUUCCUUGAAUUAACCGUACUAUAAUACUUUUCUCUAAACAAUAUGUACAAUGAUGAUUACUCCUGGAACUUACGGGAUAUCAGUUAAAACUCCAAGUUGAAGGGAACAUUUCCUUCUACUAUUAUUGAUUACUUUAUUAGGUCAAAAUACUCUGGAUAUACUCCAAUAUAUAUACAUACAUAAUAUACAACUCACUAUGUAGUCUGUAAGCAUUUAAGUCGAAGAAUUUUGGAAAGGACGAAAUUUAGAUUAGAAAAUGUAGCUGGGCUGCCCAGUACAAUGGUUAAGUUGGCUUCCUCUUAGACGUAUAUGGAGGGAACACCUUGGUUACGCUUUUCACUUUAUAUUAUUGACGAUAUUCAACAAAUCAAUACAAAACCCUAAGAAAUAUCCUAUUAUUUUGUGCAUAUACUUAAAUAAUAUGUGAAUUGAUAUAUUUAUAUACAUAUGUGUAAAAUAAGACUUAUGCCAAAAGCCAACAGGUUUCUAUCUCUUCAAUCUUAAUCCAACCCACUACUCACGUAAUAAAGAUUAUAAAAUACAAUGCGAAAUCGAUAUGUAAUUACUUAUGUAUUUUUCUCUACGAAAAGAUAAGUAGUCAGAAACGAAAACAAUCUCGAACUCCAUUUACUUUUCUUUAAAUAUAAGUAAAUGCGAAUUGGGAAAGUAAGUGCGAUAAUGCUGAAUUGCACACCAGGUAAAUAAAAAUGUUGUGAAGUGCCUACAGAACUUUGAAUUUAGUCUUAUCAUAAAAUGAACAAGAACAAAUGGGUGAACUUGAUGUGUCAAAUUAGUUACGAAAUAUUAUUAUGGAGAGCAGAGUGUAUUAUUUAAUAAAUUUUUUUUCCAUUUAA